AUGUUAACAAACGAGGAAGAGUCUUGUGUCCGUGCCGACCGACGCACGGCUGCUGCUGCUGGCUGGAUGGCCAUUCCUGAUGGUGGUUUGGAAAGGCGGCCACCCACUGGCGGUGGUGGUGAUAAUCAUCAUCGUUACCAGCGACGCUUUUACUACUACCGUCAGCAGCAGCAGCAACCGUACUAUAACGAUCAACUUAUCGAUAUGUUUGAGAAAUUUGUGCCCUUUGCAGUGCUGGUUGCUGUCGUCGAAAUAUUUAAUACUUCCUUUGCAGACAACAAUGAAACUAAUACGAAUUCGUCAUUUGGAUGCGAGCAACAAUGUCCGGGUGUAAUCAAUUCAAACUCAAAUAUUGAAAGUUUAAAGAAAACCGUAGAAGCUAUAGAAACUCUUGUUACAAAACAAGUUCGACACAUCAGUACUCUGGAAGAGGAAAUAAUAAAAUUUUCCCUGUCCGGAGCGAGAAAUUUGCCACAAACGUGCGCUGAUAUAUCGGAUCGCCAAUCAGGGCUGUACCGUGUUCAGCCACAGCCGGGAUUUUCCGAUGCUUUCGAAGUUUAUUGCGAUCAGCAAUACGAGGGAGGCGGUUGGUUGGUUAUUCAGAAUAGAUAUGAUGGUUCUGUUCGUUUUGAUAGAGAAUCGAAGGAAUACGAAGCCGGUUUUGGUAAUCUUCGCGGAGAGUUUUGGUUAGGCUUGACAAAAAUUCACGAACUAACGUACGUUAAACCCCACGAGCUGCAUAUCAUACUGGAGGACUUUGAUGGGAAAAUUAUGACGGCACAGUACGACCGGUUUAUGGUAGGAGGCUUAUGGGAGGGUUAUGUUUUGAGCAGUUUAGGAAACUUUAGUGGAAAUGCAGGGGAUUCACUUAAAGUACACGCUGAGGGCCAAAGUUUUCGGACUAUUGAUAAUUGGGGUAAUUGUGAUGCGUAUCUUAAAAGUGGUUGGUGGUAUAACAAUUGUGGUGAAAGUAAUCUGAAUGGAGCAUAUCCAGGGUCACAGAAAAAUAUAAAACGUUGGAGUAAAAUGUAUUGGAAUACUUUUCGUGGAGAAUAUUAUGGACUAAAACGGUCACGCAUGAUGAUAAGAGUUAUUAGCAACGUCUAGAAAUAGAUAACUAUAACUGCAAUUGAAAUAAGUUUUCUGGCCCUGAAUAAAAUCAAUUUAACGAUCAACGUA